AGACCCCGGAGAGGCAAAGCUCAGACCCCAGCGUGGCUUUUCCCGUCUGGAUCUAGCGCGGGCUCCCUCGGUCCUGCAGCUUCUCGCACUUGCCAGCUCUGCUCCCCUGCCUCAUGGAAAGGCUGGGAGGAGUCCAAUAGCUGCGGAGAAGAAGAACGGGGAAGCCACCUUCCAGGGAGGAACAGAAGACCCCGAGAAGCGAGGCGGGGUCCCUCAGAGAGAGGGGGGCGUGGGCAGCAGCGUCCCUGGAUCGUCGCGCGUAGGUUUGCCUUCUAGUUUCAAACUAAAGGACCUCUCUCUGUCUCUGUCUCUCUCUCCCAGCUCUACCCAACUGCCUCCUGUUGCUGCCUCGGUUUCCUCAGGCAUGGUGCUGCUCGCCUGGAACACUUUUCUAAUUCUUUCCUGGCUGCCCCUUGUUGCAGGUGGAUUCCCCGAAAAUGUCAGGUUAGUAUCAAAAAGGGGCAGGGGGGUUAUGGGGGUUUCUACCUCUUUAUAUCUGUUCCUUUGGAGCCAGUGUUUUUGUUUUAAUGCAUAUUUUGUGUUUCUCAUUUGGUAUUUUUAUGUCAAGAGCCGCCCUGUGAUCUUCGGAUGGAGGGUGGUGUACAAAUUUAAUAUAAAUAGGUUUAAAUAAGAGAGUGGGUGGGGUUUCUCUCGGGCACUUGUCUGCCAGUCUUUGCGGCUAGGAGUCACUCGCCAAGGGCUGGUUCAAAGCAGCAUUUAAUUCACCUGGAAGCUGAAUCUGUGACCUGCCUCUCCUGAAAUUUAUUCUGAUGGGUGCUCUGCAGUGCUUGGUCUGCUAGGGCUUUUUCACGCGGGGUGCCAGAGAACCUGAGUGAGAAAUACAGCUGGGAAUUGCAGCUCUGUGAGGGGAAUGCGUGCAGAGUGCAUUUUCAAGUGAUCACAGCCCGUGCCUGUGGAUCUAGGAGACAGGGCUUCCACCUUGCCGGAUGUUGUUUGAAAGAACUUUGCGUGGCAAGCAAUUCUCUUUUGGGGAAAAGAACAAACCAGUAGUUUAAAGGUGUGGCUGCUCUGAGGCUAGUGCCGUGGUGAGUGUUCCUAAUCUAUACACCUGAUUUAGUGAGGAUUUCGAUGAGAGUAGUGCAGAAGAUAAUGCCAGAAGUUGUGUCUGCAUGCUGUAUACCUUAGAAGAGGGGCCAAGGUCAGUGUGCAAGGGAUUGCAUCUUUCUCUCUCUCUCUCUCUCUCUCUCGCUCACACACACACACGUGUUUCUCCUCUUCCUGAUGCCACCCCUCCCUUUCUUCAUAGAAUCAUAGAAUUAUAGAACUGGAAGAGAUCCUGAGGGUCAUCUAGUCUAACCCCCUGGAACGGAAGUAGUGCCUUCCUCUGCUUCCCCUUGCCACGCCCAAUUCCUCCUCUCCUUCCCACAUUAGUGGGAAGGCAGUUUAUCUCCACCUCUUCUGUCUUGCCUCAGUGUCUUGUUCCGAGGAAGGACCAGGGUAAGGUGGGGAGUCCUUAUUCUGUGUGUGGUGAUUGUGGUGGCACAAGUACCCUCCUGGUCACCACCCCCAGAAUGCCUUCCUUUGAGGAAAGACACACACACACACACACACACACACACCCCUUCCUCACUGGGUGGGUGGGUCAUCAGCAUCACCAGAGUGCAAUAAUGUAGUGAGUGGUGGACCUGGGGAGGGGGGGGGCAUCCGUUUGCUGCUUUCCUGCGUUCAUCUAAUGAGACAAUUGUCUCAUUCUGCUUCGUGGUUAUUCCACUUGCAGGGCGGCUCAGUUGUGCCUUGCCUCUUCAACAGCUGAUUUCAUGAGUUUGCCAUAGAAUACUGUAUGCCAUAAUAUGUAGCUGAACCUUGCAAGGGAUGUUGUAUGUUAAGCCUGAUCCGGAAGUGUGUGAGGAGUUCUGUCCAAAUCAAAGGGGCAGGUGGUGUUCUUAAGCAAUAGCCUAAAUCCCUCAUGGGAUCCAGACAGACUUACACAGCAUUUGAAAUUGCAUGUUGGCAAUUGGAUAUUCCCAGUAAACUGUCCUGUCCUGUGUGUUUCUGGCCUGGCCACACAGUAUUUAAAUGUACUGGCAGCAUCCUCAAAUAUGGGGAUAGGUGAGCUGAAAUCAAACCUGAAAGUUUAACUCAGUGAGUUAAAAAACCCCUCUGGUAAAACAUAGUUUCGAGAGCAAGUACAAAUUACCAUUAUAGAAAUGGUCUGAGUCACUCAUUAUAUUUUAAAAUGUACACCUUUAAAAACCUGCAUAUGAAAUGGAUUGACUCGUUUAGCUUUAUAUCCUGCUUGGUCCUGAGCCUGCCAAAAAAGCCAUAGCUUCCCGACCCUUAUUCCAAACCACAGUUCCAAACCAAAAGUGGCCAAUAUUGACAACCUGGGAUCAAUGGGAUUAUGUGAAGGGGUCAAAAGGGCAUCAAAAAGGGUCUAGAGGUAGAAAAGAAGUUUCUGAGGUAUACUGCAAAAACUUUGAUUAGGAACUAUGAGAAAUAAAGGGCAUAUGCACCGUAUAUAUAAUAUUGCCAAUGAGGAACCUCUUUAUUUAAUAAGUUGAAUUCACAGAAUACAACAGUAUUCCUUACAUGUUAUGAUUCCUAGCAAUGGCAAUUGGUGAUGAAUAAAGGUUGCUUAUAUAUUGGUAUUUCAUUUACAUUUCUAAGAAUUUUGCUUCUAAGUCAUCAAGCGUCAGUGAGCUCAGAUGUUUGGGAAGCCCUACUCUAAACCUGACUUCCUUAACUUGACACUAUCCAGAUGUUUUGGACUUCCAACUCCCAUCAGCCCUACCCAGCGCAGCCCCAAAACAUCUGGAUGGCACCAGGUAGGGGAAGGCAGCUUAAGCUCCCCCCCAGUGUUAUUGGAUGCCAUUCCCUCCCAUUUUGAUGCUCUGGGGCUUCCUUUAAAUGGUACACCUGCCUGAGUUCUUCCACUUGCUUCUUCCCCUCUUUCCUGCUCCUGUUAACUAACUAAACCUCAGCUCUUUUUCCUUCUGUGUGGUCUGCUGGCUGUUUCUCCUGCCUCCUUUCAAGAAACAUGGGAGCUAGAAGCAUUCCACACCAAUUGGCGCUCUGGCAUUCUUCCUUUCACUCAUCCCCAUCCAGACUCUCCAGUUUUCUCUGCCGUAAGGGAUUUUGGGUAGGGAAAGCAGAAUCACACUACCUUUCUUUGUACAGCAAGGUUUUUAAAUAGGGAGUGGGGAAGUCACAUUUUGACGUAAAGAAAUUGGCGGUGACCUCCCUGCCUCAAUCCAGGAGGAGCAGGAGGAGGAGUGAGGAAAGCUCUUGAAGAAGAUUCCUAGGAGGAGUUUCUGUUCUGAGCCCAGCAUCAGUAUAGCUGGAAGAAGAGAGGUCUCUAAGGGAAAAUCUCUUGUCUUGAGACCACUAAUGGGAAAAGAGUGUAUUUUCCAGCAUCUGGUGAUUCCUCAGAAGCAUUUGGACAUCGAAGAAGCAAGUGGCAACCUCCUCCAUCACAUCCCUCGUUGGUUGUCUCCUUUCCAGCUUUGUCUCUCACCUGACCCUAGAGGUCCCUGCUCUAGUUUACAUCAUUAUGUUUUGAAGCCAGUAAAUCUAGUAUUGGGGCAGUGCUUGAAUUACAGGGAGCUGAGGGUGCCUGGUCCCUCCAGUUACUGCUUUUAUAAGGCAAUGGAAGCAUGGUUGGCCAACCAUGGAAGUUGAGGUUUUCCUACUUUCCUCUUCCCUCAACAUUUCAAGCACUGUGUGGAGGGAGAUAAAGGAAAAUUGAGUAACAUAUGAGUUUCUUCUAAAUUCUCCUGGAAGAAUAAAUAAACCACACCAUGUCUUAUUUAAAAAUGCUGUCGAUCAUUUAGCUACUUGGAGCUCACAAAGAUAUAAAGCUCUGGGAGAGAAAGAGAGGUUCCAGUGUGUACUUUGAGUUGGUUUCCUUUAAAUGAAGUGACUGGAGGCAUUACUGUGGUAAAAGUUUUUAUUUUCACAUAUAUGUAGGUUGAGUAUAAGCUGAGGGUUCACAGCAUUAACACUCCCAACAGAUUCUACUCCCGCAUUCAUGGUUUUUUUAGGGGCUACCAGUGUCACAGUAUUGGAUCCUUAUAAAGGACAAGUUGGGCCUCUGUGUCUCUUUCUACCUUAGUCCCCUUAAAGGUAAAGGUAAAGGGACCCCUGACCAUUAGGUCCAGUCGUGACCGACUCUGGGGUUGCGGCGCUCAUCUCGCUUUAUUGGCCGAGGGAGCCGGUGUUUGUCCGCAGACAGUUUCCGGGUCAUGUGGCUAGCAUGACUAAGCUGCUUCUGGCAAACCAGAGCAGCACACGGAAACGCUGUUUACCUUCCCACUGGAGUGGUACCUAUUAUCUACUUGCACUUUGAUGUGCUUUCGAACUGCUAGGUGGGCAGGAGCUGGGACCGAACAACAGGAGCUCACCCCGUCGUGGGGAUUCGAACCGCCAACCUUCUGAUCAGCAAGUCCUAGGCUCUGUGGUUUAACCCACAGCGCCACCCGUGUCCCUUUAGUCCCCUUACUACCAGUUUAUUGCUCGCUUUCACAUCUACACUUUGAUGAAAUCACUUCCCACACGAAGAGGGUAAGCUUAGCUCUGAUUCCCAAAUUGUUCUCUCCUUCCUGAAGAAUCCAUCCUUUGAGAGGCACCUCCUUGAGGAAAACAAGAUAGUUGACCCCUCUGUCAGUGUCAUCAAGAUAAUCUUCAGUGAUGCUGCUGGUUCCAUUAACCUCCGCUGACCAGACCGCUGCAACAGACCCGUCUGGUAACUUUCAGACUACUGCCUCCUAAUCAAUGAGUAUGUACUGAUCUAGAAGUAAGCCCUAUUAAUUAGGAUUGCACCUUAAAUGAAUGAGUUAAAAAAUAUUUGACCAGGAACAUGAAGAAAUCAUUAUCAUCUAUGGGUGGUUGGAAAUAAGAGCAGGAAGUCACAAAAUUAGAAUCAGCUUAGAAAAAGUGAAGCCAAAAUAUCUAAAAAGAAAGUUUUAAAAAAACACAGGAAAUGUGGAAAUUUGUAGAAGAUAAAUGACAAUAAAUAAAAGGGGUUUUUGGAAAUCUCUAGGAAAUAAAGCAAUAAACUUUUGGGAUUUGCAUUUAGCAGCAGAUUUCAAAAGAAGUAAAUAUUACAUAAGGCAGGCGCUUUGACUGUACUCUAUUUGGCGCCUCCUAAAAGCAUUUUUGUUUAGACAAAUCUACCCAGAUUGCUGGUGUGUGUUUAGUUUAUUGCUGGUUUUAAUUUUUUAUUGUUUUAACUGUUUAUACCAAUAAUUUUAUUGAUUUAUUUCUUUUGUAAACUGCUUUGAGGGUUUUUAAAACAAUCAAACACUAUAUAAACUUUAUGAAAUAAAGAAAUAAAUAUUUUCUCUAAUUUUGUAGCCUAUCAAGUUUGUCAAAAACCUUAAGGAAUAACUUUAAACUUAUUGCUGUACUCUGGAGUAGUUCUUAUGACAUAAAUGUAAUUCCUACAAAGUAAGUAGUCUGAGACCUUGUAAGAAAAGCCUCAUGAACUAUGUGUCAUAAUUCCAUGGAAACUGAACAGCUCUGACAACAUUGCAACUCUGAGCGAGUGAAUCCCAAAGCUAAGCAAAUGCACAGACCUAAACUAAAAACAGCAGUCAAAGGGAAAGCUAGAGUGAAAAGUUCUCAGCCCUUUCCAACUUUGUAGAUGCUGCACUUUGUAUGAGUCCUUGCUUUCUUUGCAUGCAUGCAUGAUGGAAUCGGUGUGAUGUGCUAUCACAGGACCUAUUGUACACACAUGGUUUGCCUUCUGUAUGAAGAAUGAUUCCAGAGUCUGCAAGGUUGGCAGCUUUUCUGUAAAUUGAAACCAUUUUAACAUGUAUAUAAAGAUUUUCAUGCGUGGAGAUCUGCAUUGUCGCCACACAGUAAUUGCGGCAGAUCAGUGUUUGUUUCCGAUCAGUUAGCAGCUGCAAAGGUAAUUGGAACCUGCCAGAUUCCGGUAAGCAUGGCUUUUUGAAAAAUUGAAGUUGGUUCUGCUGUUGGUGAAUCACAAAUAUACUGCUAAAUUUUACCUUGUGAGAAGUUCAGCAGUAGUCCUGGUAUAUGCCUGGACUAGGCAGUGGGGAAUGUUGGAACUCUUUUCUUUCUGUUAAUGUGCUUAGCAUGUUUUAUUUAUAUGCAAUGUGGAUGUCAUUUCCACUCGAUUGACCACUACCCCCUGCAACUCAGAAGUAUCUCUUCAGGGUUUCUGGUUUCCUUUUGAUAGUCUACAGUAUCUCCCCUUAAGCCUGAAAAUGUAUUGGAAGAAAAUCUGGAGCUAUUUGAUGCUGACAUGCGAUUUUUGCUUUUAAUUUUAAGAGGGAGAAUAAACCACAAGUUUCUUUUAAAGUAUCAGUUGGUUAUUAUUAUUUUUUUGUGAGGUUUGGACUUGGUUGUUUCCCCCCCCCCCUUGGAAACUUUCGAGGAUUUAAUGCACUAAAUAUGUUUACCAGCAGUGUUUGGAAGCACAACAUUGCAGCUUUUUCUAAUUUUCAUUGUCAUCAAUAUCCCACAAUCAUUUCCACUUUAAAAAGACAGCCCAAUCAUAAAUGUGUUUACUCAGGGCUUCUUCUUGUUUUUUUAAGCUGGAACUUGCCAGAACUCAGUCCUUGCACCUCUCAGGUGGGUGCAAUUGCCAUUCUAAGAAAAAGAGGGUGUUCAAGGUGACUUCUGGUACUUCUUUUUCGAGAAAAAUAGCACCGUGUUUAUUUGGAAACAAGACUCACUGGGUCAAACUGUUGCUGACUUCCUUGUAAUUAUAAUGGCAGCCAUGGCAUCAUGCAGAAUUCCUACACUUAAUGGCCAGGAAGUAGCAAACUAUAUCUUCAUACAAAUUGGCAGCCACACAUACCCCCACCCUUGACAUAGCAAACCACUUUUGAAACUGAGGUGACAAUUUUAAAAAUCCUAUGACGUGGCAUAAACACCUGCUGUUCAAGGUGUGUGUGUGUUCUUAAAAUCCUACAGGCUUCUGGGUAUGCUUGAGUUAGCAAUUUGGAUGCAAGUCCAAUGUUCCUACAUCCCAUGCUGAAUAUCACUGGUGAUUCAGCAUAUAGGCUGAAGCUGUUGAUUCUUUGAUGAUGAUGACAUAAACAUUUUUUUAAUAGUACCAUAGAGCACAAAGUAUAAUAUAAUAGUGGGAUUUAAAACCUAUACAGCUUUUCUAUUUAACCUUUAUCAUUUAAGUUUGAAAAUAGUAAGGAUAAUUUUUUUCAGGGGGGUGGAGGAACUGAACCACGUUUUUUUUCAUUCUGCGUUUCCCAUUGCUAAUAGCAAAGUUAUAUAGUAACACAAUCCACAAAAUAAUGUUCCCGAUAGCCUCUGUUUAGGAAUGAAUGACAGCAAGAUUAAGUGGAUUUGUCUUUUUGCUAUCAGCUCCAUCCCAGCUUAUUAACCAAGCCAUGUGAAAAGUUUUUUUUUAAUAAAACAAAACAAUUUAUUUCUCUCAUAUUUCUUUCCCUAGGAAGCUCUACUACACAUAAGGUUUGUGGCUGAAUUAAUCAUGUUUAUCUCCAGAGACAAUCCAUGGUUUCGUUUUACCUUUAUGAAAGUUCAUAGGAAGUUCAUAACUGGAUGGCCAUAACUAUUCUAUGGAGAGAAGGCCAAAGGAAAUGUCACAAGGAGUUCUGUGAUUCUCUCUGCUGCAUUUUUCCCCCUUAACCAAAAUCAGCUGAAGGAGAUUUGACCUGGAAUGUGAUCAGAAGGGAAAGGGUUUAAGUCUACUAGGAUUUGCAGGUGCUCAGGUUGCCUUUGGUUUAAACCAGGCAUAGGCAAACUCGGCCCUCCAGACGUUUUUGGGACUACAAUUCCCAUCAUCCCUGACCACUGGUCAUGUUCGCUAGGGAUCAUGGGAGUUGUAGUCCUAAAACAUCUGGAGGGCCAAGGUUGCCUAUUCUUGGUUUAAAGAAACAGACCCAAAGCAUAGGAGAAUGAAUCACAGACACCUUGCAAUUUGCCUCUUAUUUUAUGUACAAACUUUUUUAACAGCACCUUUCUUGGUAAAAUGAUUUAUGUGAACACUAUUCUUGCUGCUAUGUAUAGAUUCAUAUCGGAAUUUAACUGCAAAGGUGGCAGAAAUGGCUGCGAAAAUGGGUGCACAUCAUUUUAUAACCACCGAAUCUAGGUUUCUUAGUAGGUUUCAUAGGCUGACGCCCAAUGUGUGAUGCUAAAAACUUACAUCUGUGCACCAAAAGUCUUUGUGUGCUUUCAAAUUCAGCAAAUUAGAACUGGAGGAAAAUCAUUAGAUUUUGUGCUUUUAUUUGCUGUUUAUUUAAUUGAGAACCAGCAGCAACACUGGCUGCUAAGGGCAGAGAUGUACAUCUUAACACAGCUGAUGUAAAUCUUUAGAGUUAAGGAAAUUUGGAUAUAUAUGCAGGACAUAGAUGGAAGGCCACCUCAGAACCUCAUGCCUGUCCCUCUGAAAUCCUUGAAAAGGGGCAGAGGAUUUAGAAGCUUAACAAAUAGAAGAUAACCAGCAUUUUUGCUGGAGGGAGCAAGUCAGUUCUGCUGCAGUGAACCACAUAGGCAGAUAACACUUGCGAUUAAGGUGCUUCAGGAGUGUUUAAUUUCAGUUACUUCAACAGAACACCAGUGUGGCCAGCCUACGCAAUGGAGAAAUGGAACAUCUUUCCAGGUCCUGGUGCUGUAGGGGAUCCGUUAAUUCAUCUGUUCUAUUUUAUGCACAGCUCACGAGGUCGUAGGCAGCUCCUAACCAUGAAUCAACCUGGAGUCUGCCGCUAUGGCUCUAAGCUUGACUGCUGCUAUGGCUGGAAACGGAAUAGCAAAGGGCACUGUGAAGGUAAUAGCAACAACCUUUCAUUCCCUUGUCUCCAGAAAUAUAUCCCUAAAUUUGAAUGGAUUUGACUUCCUGACGGGCCUGCCAGUGGUUUCGAAAAUAAAGAAAUGAAAGCUGCAUAGUUCUGUUUGAGGGUUUAAAAUGACAAGACAGGGUUAAGUGAAAAUGUUCUGUUGCAAAAAAAAAAGUAUUCUGAUCAUUUUAACUGAUUUGCUGUACAGCACAGAACAACCAUUAAUCAUUUAACAGAUGCCACAUACCAUACUCUAUCCAUUUAUAUACAUGGAUGAGAAGAAAACAGUCCAUUAAUAUUAACUGGUACAUAUCAUAUUAGCACUAUUGUAGUAAUUACCACAGCACAUAGCAUCACAAUUACUAUAUGAAAAAAAUGCAAUUUUCUGUUUAUUUUUAACUUGUGGUAUAAUGCUUCAUCUUGUUUCCACCCUCCCUUCUAUUAGUCCUGGGCAGAUGCUGUACUUUCCAGGGUAGCCAAAAUUCCUGAUUUCCUGGGCUCAUUCCAUAACAAGUUCACAAAUGUAGCUCAUGGAAGAAAAGAGCUGCAGCUAUUAUACAAAAUGAACCACAUAUCUUGGAGGAGUCUAAGUUGUGACUUGUAGAGUCCACAAAUAGAAUAGAAUAUAAAACAAAAAGUUUUAUCCUAGGAUAGAGUUGCCCAACUAGCCAGAAGACAAGCAAAUAAAAUGGCUUGUGUGAUUUCCCCCACAUCCACAGAUACUCUGCUUUCAUUUGGACAACAACAGUAAGGCCGAAAGUGGGGUCUUGUCGUCUGGGCAUACACACUGUCCAGGCCUGCACUCCGGGGAGGUCACUUCAGUGCUGCUAACAUAGUUGUUUCACUUCACACCAAGAGCCACACUCCAUUCAUUCACUCAUUCAUUCAUUUUGAUUUGCACAUGUGUGCCAGGGAGAUGUGGCCUAGUGGAACUAGCUUUGCACCCAUGUGAUGCAGGCAUAGUUUAAAAUGGCUCCUGUGUACUGCUGAAGAUGGUGGAUAGGUGACACAGGAAGGAAGGCAGUGAGUGCAGUGACAACACCAUUUGAAGACAAGCCUAGUGUUUCCUGGCAGCCUCACCCCACUUAGGGAAAAGAAAAGGUUGUGGCAGGGAGUACUGCUUAAACAGUCAGGAAGGUGGAGCCAGAAAUGCUCAUCUCAGGUCAGAUCCAGUAUUAUUAUUAUCUUCUUAAAUUAAAUUUCAAUACAGUGGUACCUUGGUUUACGAUCAGUCCUGUUUAUGAACUAUUCGGUUUACGAACUCCACAAAACCGGAAGUAGUGUUCCUGUUUGCGAACUUUAGCUUGGUCUAAGAACGGAAGCUGAACGGUGGAAGGCCACUGGCAGCGGGAGGCCUAAUUAGGGAAAGCGCGCCUCGGUUUAAGAAUGGAUUUGGUUUAAGAACGAAGUUCAGAAACCGAGGUACCACUGUAUUGCCUUUCAUCCAAUGACCACAGGCCAGUUUACAUUAUUAAAACACCAAAACAGAUAACAUAGAAACAACUAAAACACCCUCCCCCCAGUUUAAUAGGCCAAAGAUUGUAUAAUUAGCUGUGGCCUGGGAGAAGAGGAAUGUUUUUGCUUAGUGCCUAAAGAUCUGUAGCAAAGGCGCCAGGAGAGAACGUUCCACAAGUGAGAUGCCACCACAGAAAAGGCCUUUUCUCAUGUUGCCGCCCACCGGACCUCACAUGGAGGAGGCUCAUGAAGAAGGACCUCAGCAUCUUCUCUGUGCUUGAUGAAAGAAAGAAACUGUGUUUCCUGCAGGCUUAUUUCCUUGUGUUUUCCCCAUCAUGCUCAGCUGUGUGGUGAAUAUGUGAGCUUUGACCUGUAUUCUUUGGUCUGGCUUACUUUCUUGAUACAUAUAGGUUAUUUUCCAAUUCUGGUACUGUUACAGUCUGGAUUGCAUUGGGAUAUGUGGAGCCCUGGUAUGAUAUGUGUAUAGUAUUGCUUGGUGCUAGGAUUCCUGUGAACAUACGCAGUAGUUGUAUACCUUAGAAUAAAUUUUAAAAGAACCUUUUAUGGGCUCUACCCAUGAGCUCCACCCAUUACCCUUCUUUAUUAUUAUUAUUUUAAGAAGAUCACUAUGGGAUUUCUAUGCUCAGUUUUUACCCCAAAGCUGUAGUGUUAGAAAUUAAAAUACCACAGGGAAAAUGCAACCUUUAAGCAAGCCAUGCAGAGGUAUUUAUAGCCAGGUGCUUUUGAUUAAGUGGCAUAUGUUGUCCUCAGGUAUUUAUGUUAAAUGGAGUAUUUGCUAGAUUUUUAACUGUCUAGCAUCCUAAUGCAAAUGCACCUGAGGAUUAUCUGUGUUGUUUUCAGCCCUCUGGAGAAUUACUUCAAUGAAGAACCUAUGGUUAUUUAAUGACUUCUAAGAUUUUAAUAAAAAAUAGUAAAAACACAAGGGAGAGGUUGAAAUCUUUCUCCAGCUGGAGUCUGGCAAAGCUGAAUGAACUAAUAAAAUGUUGACUCUUGGAAUCGUCUCUUUCGUAGACGCUGCAUCUGCUGUCCUGAUGAGCUUAGCUUUGAAUAUAUGGGGCAGAUGAACAAAAGUUCACAUCAUAAUUGAUAUGCUCACCAGACUGUUGUCCAAUCAAAAUAGCUGCCAAAAGAGCUUUUUCUCCUUGAACCUUUAUUAAUGCAUGUUGCAGAUAAUAGCUCUAGUUGAAAGCAUUGCCAUCUGUUGAAUAGAGAAGUCCUUUAUUAAUAAUUUUUGUAUUGUUUGUAUAACCCCAGUUCAGCUGCUUGAGUAUAUGGUGUGCUAAGAAUGGAUAAUAAUGUGAAGUUCUUUUUAAAAAAGCAAGGAGAGCUUCCCACCAAAAACCAAUAGAAUAUCACUGACUAGUAUCCAUUUUUCAAAAGCUUUACAUUCUUCUCUUGGCAGAUAUCUGGUUUGAGUCCUGCAUGAUAUAUGGUGAAUAUAUAAAUUAAGAUGCAGACGUUAUGUGCAUCUUAACUUAUGUACCUUGGUUCUCGAACGCCUUGGUAUUUGUACAUUUUGGCUCCCGAACGCUAAAAACCCGGAAGUAAGUGUUCCGGUUUUUGAGUAUUCUUUGGAACACGAACAUUCGACUCAGCUUCCGCAGCUUCCGAUUGAGUGCAGGAAGCUCCUGCAGCCACCUUGGUUUUUGAACGUUUUCAGAAGUCGAACGGACUUCCGGAAUGGAUUACAUUUGAGAACCAAGAUACGACUGUGUUGUUUUUUCUUUAUUACACUGUUCCUUUCAUUAGACUACUUUUGGUCAGGAUUUUUAUAAUAAACACCUUUUUCAUUAAACCAUUUGGAACAAAUGAUGGCUUAAAUUGCCAGAUAUUGAUGUCUGAUAGAUUUUAGAAUAACAUUUUGGGAGACUCUGAAAUUCAGUCAUGUUAAGUUUGGAAACUUCUGAACAGUGGCCAAGGACUUCUAAAGGAUUCAGCUAAAAAACAAACUAAAUUCCACAUGUAGAAGACUCUUAUUCUGUGGAGUGGAAACCUAAACUCUGUGACCAAAAGCCUUAUAGAUUUAAAUAUAUGGGUAGGAGAUAUAGAAAUAUGGUGCGUAUUUUACCUAACCUUGACUGCAGAAGUGUCACUGGGCAUGUGAGCGUGUUAUGGGAGAAACUGCAGCAUGGGACUGGAGUUUUUUGCAGGGUGGGGAGCUGGGCAUUGAAAGAGUUGAGGCAAGUGAUUCAAACAUGCCUGUCCCUACUCUUUUUGUGGAUGGAUUAGCUGCAUGAAUUUCUAGAAGUUCAGAGCCAGUUCAUCAUCCCACCUCUACUUCAUAUUUUAGGAUUCGCUCAAAAGCCAGGUGGCCCCUCCCUCAUGCAGUCAGCUUAGGAGGAGUGUGAAGCUGCCAGUCAGAAGUCCACAUGGAAGUAUUUGCAUAGAAGGACAGUCCUCAGUUAGAAGGCACCCUUUAUUUGAAGGACUGUCUAAUUUAACCCAUUAUAACAUCACCUGGGUGGCGGUCUGAAAAGGUCACCUGAUCCCAGGUUUCUGUGCUUACAGUGAGAUGUGUUUCUGUUUCAAGUAAAUUAAUUAUUUAAAGCAUGUGUACCAGAGCAGCUUACAUACAAUCUGUUAAACAGGGUUUCCCAAACUUGGGGACUCCAGCUAUUUUUGAACUACAGUUCCCAUCAUCCCUGACCACUGGUCCUGCUAGCUAGAGAUGAUGCAGUUGCAGUUCAAAAACAGCUAAAGUUCCCAGUUUGGGAACCCUGAGUUAAAACAAGAUAGUCUCUGCCUACAAGCUUAACAGUCUAAAAGAUAUAACACCCAGUGAAAAGGGGUGUGGAGGGGAAGGGGGAGGGAAGCAAACUCAGGUGCCAAUCAUUAAAGUCAAAACAGUAGUGCUUGGCUUGGCGACAGUCCACAGUUCAGGGAAAGGAAGCCGUUGGUGGAGUCUUUCAGCAGAGCUGAUGGAAAGAGCCCUGCUUCUCGCCUCUCCCACCGAAGCAGCCUGCUGGAGUAGCUGCUACUAAAAUUACAGUACAGUGGUACCUCGCAAGACGAAUGCCUCGCAAGACAAAAAACUUGCUAGACGAAAGGGUUUUUUGUUUUUUGAGCUGCUUCGCAAGACGAUUUUCCCUAUGGGCUUGCUUCGCUUGCUUCGCAAGACGGAAACGUCUUGCAAGUUUGUUUCCUUUUUCUUAACACCGUUAAUACAGUUGCGACUUGACUUCGAGGAGCAACUCAUAGAACGCGGUGUGGUAGCCUUUUUUGAGGUUUUUAAAGACUUUGGUGGUUUUUGAAGCUUUUCCAAAACUUUCCCGACACCGUGCUUCGCAAGACGAAAAAAAUCGCAAGACGACAAAACUUGCGGAACAAAUUAAUUUCGUCUUGCGAGGCACCACUGUAAUUAUUUAUACAUUUACAGACAUAAAUAUACAUUAGCACAUGCAGGUUAUAUGCAAAUAUCUGUGCCCUCCCUUUUCUGGUGAUGAAUUUCCACUUUUUUGGCAAUGUGCAAUGAAUGAGUUUAGUAAUAAAAGACAUACAAAUACUGGCAUCUCUUUUUUUUUGUUUUGUUAAAAAGUGUGGCACUUACUAUAAAUAAUAAAUUAUUAUUAUUUAGGGAAGCUUUUAAUGUUUGAUGUAUUACAGUAUUUUAAUAUUUUUUUGGAAGCCGCCCAGAGUGGCUGGGGAAGCCCAGCCAGAUGGGUGGGGGGUAUAAAUAAUAACAACUUCAUGAUGAGUACCGGCACCUGUUUUUCUAGAAAAAAGGCACUGAGUACAGGUAAGAGUAAAACCUGCUCAUGGUCACCAGUUGAUCUGAAUGUGUAUUGUAUAUGUAAUGCCUAAUACUUCACUAGACCACUGCUGAAGCGACAGAUUAAUUGAAUUUCAGAUUGGCAUGGAUUUUUUUGGGGGGGGGGGAUAUUGGAAGCAAUCAUUAACUUUGCUGUUAGUCAUACCCUGUAGGAAGAAAAUCUAAUAAAAGUGAAAAGACUUCAGUUGUGCAGAAAGAUAGCUGUAAACUCUCAGAAAGUAGGAUUUUUGGCAAGCAGGCAUUGUGAUGCUUGGGUGGUAUAUUAGAUUCUGAUAUGGAAAAGUGUUCAGGUCCAAAUGUGAGCCUCUUUAUUCCUCCUGAGCUCUCACUAUAAUUUCCAGGGGAAAUUAAGUCACUCCAGAAAGAAUUUGGAUCUCCAGUAACCUGAAGCAAAUCUGGCAAUGAUUGGAAACAAAAUCAAAUCAGCAACAUUACGUUGAAAUAAACAUUUUCUGGAGAACAUUUAUUAAAUUCCAUAGUAAACAGGAAAGAAAAGAAGUAGGGGAAAGACAAUGUUAUAUUCCAAAGAACAAAUCAUAUAUAACACAAUUACAAGUGUUCUUGGGGUGAGUUUCUGUUGGUUUGAUUUGCUAAAGUACAAAGUACUUGGUUGUUGUUUUUUAAAAGCUUACCCAAAUUCUAAAUACAUGUGGACAUUUUUCAGACCAAGGAAUUAGACAAACUCUGCUUUUGGUCUUCUUAAAUCCUUUUCUUAUUAUCACUGUUUUCAAAAUAAUAAUAAUUCUGAAGAAUAUACCAGUUGGGCUAUUUUUCUUCUGCGUUUUCACUCCCUGUUUCUCUUUUCCUCCUUCUACAGCUACUUGUGAACAUGGGUGCAAAUACGGUGAAUGUAUGAUGCCAAACAAAUGUAAAUGCUUUCCUGGAUUCACAGGCAAAACCUGCAGCCAAGGUAUGUACAAUUUAUCAUUUUUCUUGUAAGCUGUAUGCUUCAGCUGUUGCAUACUUUAUUCUCCAGCAGCAGCAUGUACAUUCUUCAGGAGAUGCACAUCCCUGCAUUUCGGGGAGACCCUUUGAAACGUCAAAUGGUUAUUUCUAUUAUAUUUAGAUCAAAGACCUCCUCCCAUCCCAAUACACACACACACACACACACCUUUAAUUUGAGUAUGAAGUUGCAGUGAUUUGGGUUCCUGCAACUACAACAGUCACAUUGUGUUCUUAUAAGAACAUCUGGUGCCUCUUUCUAAGUGUAAGAAAUACAGCUUAUAGGCUAAGGAAUCUUGGAAUCAACUCAAGCUAACACCACUUCUGGCAUCCCACUACUGUAUUUAGCUAUGCAUUCUCUGUGGGCUAGGAGAAGCUGUGCUCUGGCUUCCAAGGCCGCAUGAAUAAGGGAGCAGAGUCUGAUGUCAUUAAAGCUGGACUGCAACGGAAGGCCUGCUCAGAAGAACUCUGGCUUUACGGGAGCUGCAUGACUGCAGUGUCCCAUGAAGGGUGUAUGCUAGUUUUUUCUUGAUGAAAUUUACAUGUUUUACUAUCGGGCAGGAGGCAAAGAAGUGACAGCAUAAGCAGAAGAGCCAAAUCUCCCCUUGUCUUUUUUUCCUGUGCUCAAAAGCAGCUGCUGGAGGAAGUGUGACUUUUGGAUCAGUACAGCAGCUGUGGAAAAAUGGCCGCCCUCUGCGCCUGCCUUUUGUACUUGCCUUUUGCACUGUUUCCAUGAUUAAAGUCACCCCUUGACUGAAGCUGGUAUUCAAAGUGAAGUAGGGGGAGAAAUUUAUACAGUGGUACCUCAGGUUACAGACGCUUCAGGUUACAGACUCUGCUAACCCAGAAAUAUUACCUCAGGUUAAGAACUUUGCUUCAGGAUGAGAACAGAAAUCGUGCUCCGGUGGCGCAGCAGGAGGCCCCAUUAGCUAAAGUGGUGCUUCAGGUUAAGAAUGGACCUCCGGAACAAAUUAAGUACUUAACCCGAGGUACCACUGUAAUAUGUAUAUCUGUGUGUAUCCCCUGCUCUGUGCGCCAGUUAAAGUGACACACGAAUGCCCAGAUGCCCCCAGUGCCAUGGCUCCAAUCUUCUUCAUCUCCUUUUCAUCAAAGGAAAGGAUGUCAAGAGGUCUGAUCAUAGGUCUUGAAUAUAUCAUAAAGUUUGGCUUCUAAGUUUCAUUUAUUUGGAUGAGAGAAAUAUGAGCAUAUGACUAACCUUGGCUAGACUGCUGAAUUGGAGCAAACGGCAAUUCAGGACCUAUACCUAGAAAUGUGGAGCGAACAUGAACGAGCUCAGUGUCUGCUAUAUGUGCCUCCCAUUAGCUGCAAUGGAUUUUUACACUAAGCAAUGCAUGUGUGCACACACGGCAGUUUAAACUGGAUUCAGGGCAUCCCAUAGGUGCAUGUUUUCGCUUUGUCCUCAUCUUUGUCCACAGCUUAACAUUUCCAGUCAAUUAAUUCAGAUGUUUCUGAUCCGUGCAUAAGCGGGGGGUGGGGGUGGUUCUAAUGUAAAAUCUCAGGUUACCUGAGUGUGGGUACACAGAAGUGAAUUGUGUGGGUGUGACUUUUCAACAUACGUGGUGAUUUUUUUUUCUGGGUGCUAACCCUAACCCGCGAUGGGGUAAGCUCCCGUUGCUUGGUCCCUGCUCCUGCCAACCUAGCACUUCAAAAGCAUGUCAAAGUGCAAGUAGAUAAAUAGGUACCGCUCCAGCAGGAAGGUAAACGGCAUUUCCGUGCACUGCUCUGGUUCGCCAGAAGCAGUUUAGUCAUGCUGCCCACAUGACCCAGAAGCUGUACACUGGCUCCCUCAGCCAAUAAGGUGAGAUGAGCGUUGCAACCCCAGUCGGUCACGACUGGACCUAAUGGUCAGGGGUCCCUUUACCUUUAACCCUAACCCUUUGUUUCCACUUGCUCAUCACUUGAGCUCUACCUAUCCAUUUUGUCUCCAUCAGCACAAAGGAAAGGGUGUCACAUGCCUAUUACUGUUGGUUGUUGCUGAAGGUUCCUUGGCAGUGGGAAGAGAGAAAAAAAAGUUAAAACAGCUGUUUUCUGUUGAACUGCUCUUCUGCAAAACAGCUGUAUUAAAAAUAAAAUUGGCUCGUGCAGGUACAGCAGAUGGGGAAGGGGAACAAAAAUACUGUCUGCAAAUCCCUUUCUCCCAAAUCGCUCUCCCUGUCCUGCCUUGUCCGUUUUGUAUUUGUGUGUGAAAUGUGCAGCUAAUGUUCUUCUUCUGAGCCACAACACAGCUUUCCGUGUUGGGAGGGAGCAAGGCUAUGGAAAAUGGAGGCACUUUGUGUCUUUGCCUGCCAGCCAUUCUUCCCCUGGCAAGACACACCUUUGUGGGUUGCCGGUUCUCUACCUGGUGGUGCUGGGUGGGACACACAAAUAUAUAUUUAUUUUUGAAGCUGCUAUUUUGCGUGAGUGUGUAAUUUGGAAAAAGAUGCUGCUGCUGUUUUGCCCACUGUGAAACAUUGGCUCUGGUGAAACUUUAUUACUAUGUUAUUCCACAGACAAAACAGUUCUUUAAAACAAAAGGUGCGCACUCACAGGUAAGCAAAUACCUGUGUGUGUACCCCCAAUGGAGCUCAGGUUUCCACAACUUCUGGAGGCCACAGAAUUAGUAGCUUGAGGGGAGAGGACAAUGUCACUCAGCAUGAUACAGCCCAUAAAACACCACCCACUAGUAUGGACAGGAAACAUUGAGACAGAUUUAAAUGGAACAUUCUGGGGGGUGGUCAAAGCAUGGAUAAAUUGGAUCCAUGCUACACACAUGUGCAUUAACACCCUGGUGUGUGCACAGCCAAAUUGUCCUCGCUCUUUUCUUUCCUCUCCAGUUUCCCUAGGGUAAGAGCUAUUUAAAUCUUCCAGUCAAUAUGUAGAGGCCGGGGUUUGCCAUCUCAGAACUUUCUACAGUGGAAAUAACACUCAAAAGUUAUCUUAUCCAAAGUGUCUGUCCACUCUAAUGUAGAGGCUACACAUGUGCCAUCAGUUGCCAGAGCUGUGUGGUGGUUUUGCAGAGGCUGCAUGUAUUGCAAGGGCAAUACAUGUAAAACAAUGCUGAGUUAUUUUGUCUGUCUUGGGGAAACUUUUUCAGCCUGAAGGUGGAUUCUGCUAUGGGCGGUAGUACAGGGACUAGCAAAUAUCCUCCAUCAUCCAAGUAGAAAGUCAAAAUAGCUCCUCAACUUCAUGAAGGCUUAGGGGAUGUGGGUUAGGAAGGCAUGUUGAUUCCUCUCCACUAGUCUCUGGAAGCAGAGAGGUGUGAUGAAUGCGGCUGGGCCAUGUCGUAACAGAGGCUAAACACUUGGCCUGGGAGUUCUCCUGCCAGGAGUUUGGUGCGUAAAGCCCUGAAACAAAGAGUGGCAGGAUGAAGGUGGCUUUCUAUCCAAAGUCCCAUGGGUUCAAUUCUCAGGCUCUGCAGCUACACCAACCUGGAGCUGGCACACAGCAAAAAAUGAAAACUGCCUUUUGCGCUACAUUCCACGCUGGCUGGCAUGAGCUGGCAUUGUUUCAAAUGUAGUGGUGGCACCAUGAAUGCCAGCUACCCUCAUUAGGACUUUUCUGCUUUGCGAAGAUUUAUUUUCAGGUUAUGAAAAUUUGCUUAGGAGUGAACCUAGACCUCCAAAUUUGCCAGAUGGUUAAAACAAAGUAUUUAAAACUGGCAAGCUGGCAUUUCUUCAUACCAGUUUGUCGUUACAGAUUUAAAAAACAUUUUUAAAAAAUUCUCUCUGUUUUUAAAAAAACAAAACAUGAAAGGAAAACAAAUAAAAGCAUACCCACAUUUGUAAUCUCUGAAAAUUGAAUCCUGUCAAUGUGUCCAUCAGAUUGAAUUAAAGACUGCUUUUCUACAUAAAAGAAAACCACGAGGAAAUAUAACUGACUGGUUAAGAUCAAUAGUAAAGGCCACUGGAAAGCAGACAAUAAGCAUUUUCAUUGUUCUAGUAGCAAGGCAGUAUGCCUGCCUAUUCAGGAAGUAUAUGAACUUCAAAACAGAAAAGUUGAUUUAGAUCAAUGAUAUAAAAUUGAUGCUUCAAGCUUGGCUUUAAAUCAUUGAUUUACAAUGGCUUAAUAAAUCAUCCAGCCACAGGCAGGUAAACGAACUAACUUGUAAAAGAAAUUUACAUUUCUUGUUUUCAGUUACAGUGGUACCUCUGGUUACGUACUUAAUUCGUUCCGGAGGUCCGUUCUUAACCUGAAACUGUUUUUAACCUGAAGCACCACUUUAGCUAAUGGGGCCUCCCGCUGCUGCCGCGCGAUUUCUGUUCUCAUCCUGAAGUAAAGUUCUUAGCCCGAGGUAAUAUUUUUGGGUUAGCGGAGUCUGUAACCUGAAGCGUAUGUAACCUGAAGCGUAUGCAACCCGAGGUACCACUGUACAGAUAUUUACCAUACCUAACUGAGAACCUCUGAGCUCUGGAGACAAGACUACGUGGCCAUUCAGCAUAUACACAACAGUGUAGCAGCUGUUUUCUUUCCUCCCUUCCCAGUACAAUCUAUCUCUUGGUGUAAGACCCUUCCCCAGAUUCUGUCAGGUGUGGUGGGAACUUCCUGCUAGCGCUCCUAGCACACAGCCCAGCAGAUGGUCUCCUGAAUUCUUUCUUUCAAGAAUCUGGCUCGCUUGAAUCCUGGAGACAUUUUCUCCAUGUGGGAAUUUAAGCCGUAAAAUAGGAACUGCAAUAAGCUAUUUUGUUUUCUUCCAAAGAUCUACAAACUCAUUCCCACCCCCACCCCCAAUUAUUUCUGCAGAUAUCAACGAAUGCGGAUUGAAGCCACGUCCUUGCGAGCACAGAUGUAUGAACACGCAUGGCAGCUACAAGUGCUAUUGUCUCAAUGGGUACAUGCUCAUGCCCGACGGCACAUGCGCAAGUAAGUGGCGGAUAUUACACAAGAUGCAGCACGUGAGAUGGGAGUCAAGCCCAUAUUGUAACUAAUCAUGAAAUAACCUGUGCCUCAUAGUAUGAAGCAGCUGGUUAAUUUAUACUGUUACGAGUUGGUGGUCGUGGUGGUGGGGAGUAGGCCGUAUGCCAAGAUGCUGGAAUGCUUGGGUAAAAUUUAAACAAGAUCAGCAUUAGGCAAGCUUACCAAGAAAAGGCCUAUUUACAUUACAGGUGCCACAACUGAAAAGGCCCUCUCACCAGUCACCACCUGCCUAAGCUCAGGUGCCUAACCUGGGACAUACAAUGAAGAACUUAAGGUUCAUGCAGUCUCAUGUGGUAGACAUGGUCCUUCAGGCAUGCAGGCCCCAACCAAUUUAGAGAUCCACAGAUAGCUAGUAUUACGUUGAACUAUGCCCUGUGAAAUGGAACAGCAACCCAUUUAGCUGUUUUUAAAACUGGCGGUAUGGUUUUGCCACAGCGGUUCCCACUGCCAAAGAGACAAACCACUUUUUAAAUCAGAGGCUUGUAUCUAUUUGGCAGUAGGAAUAGCAGUAGCCAAAUAGCUAAGGUAUAUGCUCAUGUUCCUCCUUCUUCUUCUUUGCAUGCCGGUGCAUUAAUGCUAUUAGGGAAGAGAUUUUAAGAUCAUUAUCAUCUGUUAAUGAAACAAAUCCUCUUACGCAGUUUUACCUAUGGCUUUGUCAAGUAACAUGUUUUUCAAGAUUCCAGGAGCUGUGCCAUGGUGAAUUGUCAAUAUGGCUGUGAAGAAGUAAAAGAUGACGUGCGAUGCUUGUGUCCAUCGAGCGGACUUCAGUUAGCGUCAAAUGGAAAAACAUGCAUAGGUACAUCAGCAUCCAUUUAUGCUCUUGCUGUCAUUAGCACAACGAUUCCAAGAAUCCAGCCUGUGCUUGCUGAACACUAUAGAAUGGCUAUACUUUUAGAGCAAGAGCAAGUAAACUUUUUGGCUUGGUGGGGCAGGUCCUUAUCUGUCCCCACUCCUGCAGGUGAACUUUGAGGCAGCACCAUAUGACUUUCACACAAACAAAUCAUGAUGAAUAAACAGGUGGUCUGGAACUGCCUGCAGAGUUUGGUGGGUUUUUGAAAGUCCCUAAAAACAAGUUUUUCUUCAUGUUUUUAGACAUCUAAUAUAUCCACUCUCCAACUGUGGCUAUGUGAGAAGCCCCAGGAGAAAUGGUCUGGAGGUUUCAUUCUUUUGGAAAGGGGAUACUUCCUCAUCCCAAUGGACUCCAGGGAUCUUUUAGAACCUAGGUGAAUCUUGACGAGCACAGGAAAUGAACUCUUAGCUGCGAUUACAGUCACUCAUAACCUUUCAAGCAGCCUAUUCAUUAAACACAUCAAACUGGAAGCAUAGCUUUGCAAAAGCUUGCUACUUUUGUCAUGGAUUUCAUGACAUGAGAGUAUUUUUAGGCACUAUAGAAUGAACCCUUUUGGAUUCUUGGCUCAGCUGUUAAACAAGAAACAUGCCACAGAAGGAAACACUACUCCUCUUCUCCCAAAUUUGUCUGUAUAAAUGGGAUUAUUACUGUCCCUGCCAUCCUCCCAUUGUUUAAUUAAUGUUUAUUUGAGGCUUUUGUCCACAGCAUAAAAUCGGGAAACACAGUUGAAAUCUAACAGCCAAGUUCCUCAUGCACUCAUGUUAGCUGUUUAUGUUUGCAUUUUCUUUAUUUAUAAAAUACUUCACUAUACUUGGAGCAAGAAAAAUAAUCCUAUCUGGUUGGGAGUUGAUGAUUCCAAAUUAAGGACUGCACUUUAAAAAUAAUUAUAGACAUCUGAGGUUUGUAACUCUCUGUUGUAUAUGGCAAUCGUUUAUCCAUAAUGCAUGUAUUUAUAGAAGGCGGGAAUUCUAGCCAGGCAUCCAUGUGAACAGAGUGUAAAUUGCUUUGUACUUUUUGUGUGCCCGUUCAAGCACUGAUACAAGCUGUUUCUGUCUUGAGACAAGGAGAAGAGGGUAGUUCUUUCAAGCCUGGAAAGGAAGAGGGAUGAGAGUAAAAUAGAAAGGGGGAAGGACUUGUCAGGGUCCCAAACACUUCUGUUCUAAGAAACUUGAAUGAAGCAUAGGAUAGGAAUUUAAUACAUAACCUAAAUUUACUAGGGACUGGAAAGCUUUGAACAUUUGCUGCAUAAAUCAGUGAGAUCGUUGAAUUUUGCUGAGAGUUCAGGUCCUGUAAUAAAAUAGGCAUGCACCUGUUGGAUAUUUAUUUAUUAUAUGUAUAGCCCACCUUCCUUCUUUGAUGGAACUGAAGGAGGCAUACAGUGGGGUUCCUAGGUAUGGGCCAAACUUGCUUAGCUUCAACAAAGUUGCUAUGCUAUUGCGUGCCUUCAGAUCAUAGCCUGGCUAUCAGAACAGUGGACAUGUGUUUUUCUUGGUAUGUGAUGUUGUGUCAGCUCUGAGUCUCAACUACUCAUUGACUUUCCAGAAAUCAAUCCUAACCAGCUGGCCUGGUAAUACCUAACAUUAUUUACACAGCCUAAGAAAGAGGUUCAGAGAUCUUAGGCAAUAAUUUAGGGUUGUUGCCGACUUCCAUCUAAGACAGAAUUUGGAACAAAAAAUGGGUCUUGGGGACAGGUGAGGAUUUGUUGAAAUCCUCAUGCUUACCCUGGUGUCUAACUAUGUAUGGCUUAGAGUGGCAUGCAUACAGGUGGAGCAUCAGGGGACAUAUUAUGGAUGGCAACUAUGCAGAAGGACUAGGCGGAUUUCAUCAGAAAUUGGUAGGCUUUAAUUGGGAUAAGCAAAAAUCAAGCUGGAUUCCAGAAAUGGAUUUUGCAUCUCUCUAGUAUGGGGUAUAUCAUUUCAGCAUUAGUCAUUUUAUUCACAAAUGUGACCAUUAAGGUUUGUUUAACCACCUUUAUCCUGAUACCUUUUCCUUGACCUUAUCAGAUUUCAUUUUAAUAUCUUAGAUAUUAAUGAGUGCUCCAGUGGGAAAGGUGUUUGCUCUUUUAACCGCAGAUGUGUCAACACAUUUGGAAGUUACUAUUGCAAGUGUCAAAUUGGAUAUGAACUGAAAUAUGUGAGUGGCCGAUAUGACUGUGUAGGUAAGAAUUAGAUUCUAGUUUUCCUCUCCUCUCGUAUGUGUGUACACAUGCACAUAUAUGUACAUAUUUUCCUUUUCUCAUAAACUUGACUGAUUUUGGUGUAUUUUCGACCUGUAGUAUAAAUUUUGCUUGUGCUUGUAUAAACUAAUGCCCUGGAAACCACUUUUGGACCACUUUUGGAACUUUAUUGAGUCUCUACUACCUAGUGGCAAAUAAAUUAAAAUAAACACCUCUCUUUAUAUAUUCUCUUUCUAGACUGAUAUGUGGAACCUAUAACACAAUAUUACAGAGUAUCCUCUCUCCUGAAAUGAGUACUGUCCUUCAGAGUCCCCACCACUCUUUCCUGCCAAGCAGAACAUUCCAUUCCCCGAUUCCUGCGCCCAAUAUUCCAGUUUUAUGUUUUCAGUUAUUACUCCACAUUGAGAGGCUACUCAGUAAAGUGCACCCUUGUGGCACUUUGGGGUGUGUUGGCUUCUUAGGUUUGGUUUUUUAAAAUUGUUGUACGUCUGCAAACCUUGGGAAUUCCUCCAACCUGAUAUCUCUUGUUUCUCAUUGGCCCUGUUUUGGCUACAAACUUGGUGAUACUCACCACCUGAAGGAAUGAUAGAGCAUUUCUUUGUAGCGUAGCUUAGAAAGUCAAAGGAGAGACUAACAUCAAUGAACGAUCAAGUCUAGGGAAUCUAAAAAUUUGUUUGCCCUGUGGAUGUGAGCUUAAUUUCUAAUGAAAAAUAGUUUCCAAGUCUGUUUUGAUGCCAUGUGGAUGACUGUAUACAAGACUUAACAUCUGUACAUGCAUUUGUCCUGGCAGACAACACUUUAUGCUUUGUAAUUAUUUUUGUUUUUUAAAAAAUCAAUAAAGUUUGUAAUUUUUUUUAAAAAAAAGUUUGUUUAGGAAUUCUCUGCCCCCUGCCUACUAGUUUUCGACCAAAUGCUUAUCCCUGUUAAUGGUCUACCUCCAGUCCCCAGAGUGAUAUAAACCAGAGAAAGACAAUAAAUGGGCAGUUUGUUCAAAUAGAAUUUUUGAAUUAAUACUCAUUUAUUGUUAAGAUCCCCUCCUUCUUUAUAUUCAUUGACAAAUGCAGUCUUUAACCAUAGCACUUACAAAGAGGCUUGCCAACAUUUUCUUCUGAUACGGUUCCUGUGCUUGCAUUACAGGCAGGUAUUAAACAGGUGCACCUUUUCUCAGCAUGAAAAUAAUGUUUAAUUUGUUUUAAAUCUCUGACUUCUCUCUGUCUUCAAUUAUUUGUUUUCUCUUGCCCCCCCCCGCCCCCUAUUCCUCUAGAUAUAAAUGAAUGUACUACAACUAUACCUAAGUGUAACAUCCACGCAGAGUGUCUCAAUACUCAGGGAUCCUUCAAGUGCAAAUGUAAACCAGGCUACAGAGGCAAUGGAUAUGAAUGCUCUGGUAAGUGCAAGAGAAGUGUCAUUGAUUUAUUCUAACACCUUUCUCAAAUGAUGGGAAGUUGGGACAUUUUCAGAAUGUACUAUGUCUUUUUGUUUCCUAUAAGAUCCUGUGAACUGCUGACUGCUAUCAGGAAUCUGGUCAAGGGGCAUCAUUAAAUUUCUCUUUUAUGCUCUUUUCUUUUCUGACAGUUGGUCUAGAAAUUUAAUAAACAAAUAACCAGAAAUCCUGGUAAAGUGUGGAAUUUGAGGUUGGGGUAGGAGGUAGAGAUACUUGAUACUCUGUCGAAGGUGAACAUGACCACAAUCUUCAUGUGGUUGCAUAGGUUCAACUUAUUUUAUAUUUGUUGCUUUGUUUUGUUGUUCUGGCUUUGGGAAAUCCGGGGGGCAUGACCCAUAAGUGCAUUUCUUUCUUUUGUAUUUACUGUGAAAUAAGAACAAGCCUUGCGCUUUCACCGUGGAAAUGUGUCUUCAGUUCUUGUUAACUUUCCUAGUACAGGCCAGCCCAAGACAUUUCACCACCUGAGGUGAACUACAAAAUGUCCCCUUCCUCACUAGGGAAGAAGGUGUGAGUUCUGAAGUUCUGCCACUUACAUUGGCCAGGGCGGGAGGUGAUGGGGUGGUUUUAUCCCAUGUUGCUGUGCUUUCUCCAGUCUUGUGCAGCAUAGAGACCCAUAUUUAUCACAAAACAAAUGUUUUUGGAGAAUUUCCUCAGUGUCAUAAGUCGUGCUUUUGGUUUCAUUGAAUACUGUAUACUAAGCACUGAUUUAACGAUGCACACUGUGGAAAUUUAAUCCCACCUAAAGGGGGAUUACAAUUACAGUGUGAAUAUUAGCUCUUUCCACCUCAUUUGACAUACCUUUCCAUAGUGCAGUCUAGACAUGGCUUGCGUGAUUGCCUGAGGAACAAACAUUUUUACCGUGUCAAACUGAUUUACCCUGCUAGAACCCAAGGUGAAAAAAAGCUGAUUUGGUGGGGGUGGGGUGAGGACUGUGAACAUAUUGAACAUUGGUUUCAGCCUAUGAACUGUGGCAUCUUCAGUGUUGUCUGGGUCUGGCUGAGGAAUCUGACAUGAGUGGACUUGCAGGGAUUGGAUGUGCUAGAUGAGUGCAUCCAAUCCCCCAAACUGAGCACCAUGUCAUGCCCCCUUGAUUUCCCAAAGCCAGAACAACUUUGCUGCGCAGUAAGAAUAUUUCAUUACUUAUAGAAAGACUUCAAAGCAAGAACUGCAAGCAGAUGUUCUGGUUUGCUGGGCAGUCAUUCUGUCUUGAAAACCUCAGCAGACUCUUUAGUAAAACGCUAGGGGUUUGCCUUUCUUAUUGCUGAGAGGAAAUUUGUAGGGAAUGGGGGGUUUCAAGUCAAUUUUUCCUCGCUGUACCCUGAAUAAAGAUUUCAGUGAACCAUGUCGGUUAAAUUUCACAGUGUACAUCUUUUAACAAAACUCUGAGAGGGAGGCAUCUGGGCAAAACUAACCAGGAAAUAUUGUUCAUAGGAAAGAUUGAAACUGCAAUGCUGUUUCUAACUUUGCAGUUUCUAACUUGUUAAAAGACUGACACUAAAGCCUCAUAAGACUGAAUGCUGUUACAAUAUGUGCCAACAAAACAGAACAGCCUUCUUUUGUUUCUGUCCUGGUUGAUUGGGAAGAAAUUAUCUAACCAAGUAUGUUGGACAAAUAUACUCAAUGUUAUCUCUCUUUAGUAAUCUCUCUUUAGUAAUACAUAUGGAGUAUGAUAUAGGUUUGUAGCAGGUUAUCUCCCCAUACUACUUCUACUUUUGUUGUUUAGUCGUUUAGUCGUGUUCAACUCUUCGUAACCCCAUGGACCAGAGCACACCAGGCACUCCUGUCUUUCACUGCCUCCUGCAGUUUGGUCAAACUCAUGCUGGUAGCUUCGAGAACACUGUCCAACCAUCUCGUCCUCUGUCGUCCCCUUCUCCUUGUGCCCUCAAUCUUUCCCAACUGCUACUAUUUAAACCCAAAUGAGCCUAUGUGAAAUAUCACAUUUUCUGUUUUAUUCCCAUGAAUUACAAUCAUAUUUUUCCCUGAACAGAUGGGUCACAGACAUUAAUCAUGAGCAGAAAGGACAUGUCUUGCUGUGCAGAAACUAUCUGGCUUCUUCUCUAAACACACAAAGUUAAAAAUAUGACAUAAGGUCAAAUCUGUCAGCCGCUGGAAUAACUAUAUAUUUGUCUUUUCAGCUUCAUUUAAUGGUCUUUCCCUGUUUUCUCAACAUAGAUGUUUAAGUCACAAAGCAUUGCUUUUCUCACUAGCUUGGAUGUCAUUCUAGUACAAAGAACUUCAUUGCAAGAUCUUAGGGAUUCAGGCCAGUGCGAAUGUUAUCCAGAGAUUCCAGAGCCAUAGAGACUCAGAGCUGAUUUUCAUCUUAACCUUUUAAUGAAUCAAAUCUGUACUGGUGGAAUGCCUUCUGGAUGCUAUUACAGGCAAAGGUAGCUAGUAGGGAUGGUUGAGGAAUUCACCGCUUGUAAAUUCUGAUAUGUACUGGCCUGAUUUGCACGUCUUUAACGAACGUUGCUUUCCAACAGGUUUCAUGCUUAUCUGAACACUGCAACAGUUCUUAUCUCAAAAAACAUAAAAAUGUAUCUAGAAGUACGUGCAUCAAGAUAAACUGCACGGGUUACAGUGGAAACACAACAGAAUGGACCUAAUGAGUGGACAAAUGCAAAAAUGAUAUGGACCAGAAAUAAGACUGAUCCAUACACCCGUAGUAGCUGAGGAUUGUUCCCAAAGCUUACUUUGUCCUCUGGGAGACAUAAUUGGAAGCAGCUAUCCAUAGCUAUUCCCAUUUAUCCACAUGGACUGUGGUCCUUGCUUUCUUUUGACAAUUGGCAGGCUCCUGAUAGGGAAGAGCAACUGCUGGGAAUACUCCGCAGAAUUUGUUAUUUUCCUUUGUGACUGAUUUGAGCUCUAUGGUGCUUGACACCUGGCUGACCACAAUACAUGCUGAUGAAUUGUGUUUGACUUGUUGCUGACAAGUUAUUCCGGCCCAGUGGUCAGACACAAAACUAAGAAAUAGUCACUUACCUUUUUAAUAGGAUUGACAAAGAAAACAUUCAGUGCUGCCCAGGUCUUCUACUCUGUAUACCCUUGGCUCUACAUAGAGACAUCUUUACAGAUAAUAUACAUUGCUUUGAAUUUAUUGUACUUCAAAUACAUUUUUAACAUUGCCAACUGGUGUUUCAUCAUGUUGAGAAGCACUAAUAUUCUGCAGAAACCUAAGACCCUUAAAGUGUAAGCUAAGUCAAGCAUAUUUUGUGUUUUCUUGGUUCUCUACCCCAUCCCUGCUCAGUUAUUCAUGAAAACUAUGUGAAAGACAUUCCCAGAAUCUCUGGAGUUGCCAAAGAGAAGCUCAAGAAGCUGCUUGUGCACAAAAACAGUGUGAAAAAGCAUGGAGACAUAAAAAAUGUGAUCCCAGAACCGCCUGUGACCCCAGCUUCUAAAGUUCACGUAAGACCGUUAGACUACGAAGAGGGUGUGCACACAGAAGGUGCCUAUGGUGAACAGGGGGAAAGUACUGAAGAUGUCAGAAGAGAAGGGAAAAUAGAAGAGGAAGAGGAAGUUGAGAAAGGAGGAGAAAGGGAAGACCUUGAAAACCAAACUGGUCAUGAGAAGAAGCUUCGAGGAGAUGUAUUUUGUAAGUUUCACCUUUCAUUCCCCCCCACCCCAAUGUCUAAGAUGAUGCUGAAUUUUGAGAAGCAUUUAUUAACUUCUGUGGUGGGAUGAGGUUUUUCUUUUCUUUUCUUGUUUUAUCAACAAAACCCAAUUUCUACUCCACCAUUUACUGCUACCAUUUAAUAGCACCUACACCGUUUAACCCCUUAACUUACCAAGAACCCUGAUAACCGUGGGAUAUAGGAGUGAAACAAAGCCAUUCCGAUAUAGGGUGGGAUUCAACUGAGUUGUUGUGUGCUGACACAGAAUUCCACUCACACAAUGAGACUCCCCACCUCUCGCCCUCAUAUGCCUCUCUGUGCCACCUCAAGCUUCUCUGGAGAAUUGGGGGGGGGGGCCUAGAACAGGGUAUGGGGCUUGCAGGGGAGGAGAUGAGGGAAAAGUCCCACUGUUGUGAGCAGAUCUCAUUCCCCCACACAUACCCCAUUUAGUGCUAUGUUGAAUUUCAGCCAUAGCUGCUAUAGUUGACAAAUACAUUCAUGCUUAUUUAUUACAAGAUUAUAUAGUGCGCAAGUUCAUGUGGUUACUGUGAUAUAGUGCUCUUUCUUUAAAUUGGUAUAUGUUUUGUUACUUAAAUCUGGCUCAUUUUACACUACUAAACCAAGAUAGCUUUGAGGAGCCUUAUCAAAAGUAUCUUGCCUGAUUGCCCUUGCCCACUAUAACUGAGGACUUUUGUUAAAGCCUCUGUUUCAACCUUCACGGACCUAUUAAAUGCAGGUAUAUUUUUUCCUGUCCUAUCCUAGAGUCUUCCACUGGCUCUCCUACAAGACACCAGCACCUAGCAUUCCAAACUGCCUCUCACUUCUUCUCCCUCAGCUCUGUAGACCAGAGAUUGCCCACCCCUGCUAUACAGCCUCUGCAAACGGAAUGAGGCAAGCAUGCAGUGUGCAUCUAAGCAGUGCAAACAUAUGGGUACCAGUCUGUCCUGCUACCCCCACUCAUGCAUGCGGUAGAUCAGGAAGAGAAACCAGGUCUGCAGGACCUGAAUUGGCUAUGCAAACUGCAUGGUUGGUUUCCACGUGUAAACUUGGGGCUGUCCUUGAAAGAAAGAUCUGUGUAUCUUUUCUCAAAACACUUCCUUUGCUUCUAGUUUAGUUGGAAAGCACUAAAUCAGUGGCCAUGACAAUCUGUCAUGCAAGCCCACCCUUAUUUCACUUAAAUCCUCAGGAUUUCAAGUUGCCAUAUUAUUCAUAUGUGUGUGGUGGGUUUUUUAAAGUGAACCUUGUUUGGCAUAGAAUCAGCUGUUUCGUUUUUGUGAUGCACAAACUGUUUUUCUUUCUGUCUAUGCUAAUUAUAUUUCUUCUGCUUGAAAACAUCCAAAUGCCCACAUCACUGUAACAAAACACAAUCUGGAUAAAUGAGAUUGUUUGAAUCACGGCCUUUAAAAUCCUUUUAGUGUUGGUGCUUUAGUUAGCUUAAACAAAUAAGGAAACAGUUUACAGUACAUGCCUUCACUGUUUUCAAAUAUUUGUUGAUUGACUUUGCAUGUUGAUUAGACCAGGAUAAACGCAGGGGGACUUAUGAUCCUCAUUUAUCAAAACUAGGCAGAUAGUAAGAUAUUUAAUGAUUUCUCAGUGAUUGCAAUAUGUUUCUUUGUUGACAUAUACCAAGCAAGGAUGGGGGAACAAGAACAUUUGGCUCAGUUCUCCUCCAACAGCAUGUCACAGAGUGGCCCUUUUGGAUAAUGCUAUUGUUUGCAGUACAUGCAAAAGCGUCAGGUUCAUAUGCUACAGCUUCUCAUCUUCGUCCUCCUCUGGUAUGGCCAUGAAGAGAAGAUCAGAAGCUUUCUCUUCCACUUUUAAAGUAACCGACAGUCCCUUGUAUUCAAAUGUGGGAGACCUGCUUAGUUUAAACUAGCUUUCCACAACCUGAUACCCUCUAGAUCAGUGUUUCUUAAACUUGGGUCCCCGGCUAUUUUUGGACUACAACUCCCAUCAUCCCGAACUAACAGGGUAGUGGACAGGGAUGAUGGGAACUGUAGUCCAAAAACAGCUGGAGACCCAAGUUUGGAAAACACUGCUCUAGAUGCUUUAGAGUACUGUACAGCUCCUAUUGGCCAGGCUAUUCUGGCUGAAGCUGAUGGGAGCUGUAAUCCAAAAAAUCUGGAAGACUAUCAGGUUGAAGAAGGCUUGUCUAAAUUGGCAUAUGAUCCUGGCCUGCUCAGUAAAAAUCAGCCAGAGUCCCCCAAACUCUGAUUAGAUUAGAUGAGUCAUGACUGCACCAAAAGAUAAAGGUGAAGGGUACUUGUGAAUCCAAAGCCUGAGCACCUAAUGUUAAGCCAUAGUUUAGAGUCACAUCUGAACCAGGCUAGUCUCCUCAUGGUUUUGUGACAUAAGAAGGAGCUGAAUUUUGGUGAAGCUGUGAGGAGAAUUUUGGAAGUUUUUACUUUUGUUUUAGAUUAACCACAUCUUGUGGUUCAUUUUAGCUAUAGUUUGUAGAAAGCUGCUUCAACCCUGGUUUGAGAAUCUGGCUUGUUUAGGGAUGAAAAACACACCAGGGGAGGGAAUGGGAGGGGGAGCCAAGGCUUAUUCUCAUAAUGCUAAACCAUAGUUUAGUGUUCUGCCUGAAAACAGGCAUUGUGUGUCCAUAACGCUCAUAGCAGCUGCCAGAAACAUGUGGCAGGUAUUUGAGAGGGUGCUGCACAACUCAAAGCUAAGAACUGAAACACAUGUUAUGGUUGCCACAAGGAAGCUACCUAAAAUGGUCUCAGAGCCAAUCAUCCCAGCUGAAAAAGAAAGAAAGAAAGAAAGAAAGAAAGAAAGAAAGAAAGAAAGAAAGAAAAGGUUUCCUUCCACCCAGUAUUUUAAAUUUAGGCCCAGCAAAGAAAAUGUUCUGCUAUGACAAGUGAAGACACAUUCUAAGAUUUCUUCCUUACAUGACUCAAAUUAACCUUUUGAACGAAUGAAUGCUCCUUGCAGAAUUUGUACAUUUAUUGCAACUCCAGUCUGUCGUCUGGGACAGCUUUCUUACCAUAAAUUGGCAGUGUUCAGUCCUAUGUCUCUCUCUUAAAAAAAACAACGACUAAUACAGAGCAUAGUAGGCUCCCAUUAUCACUAAAUUAUGGUAUUUCCAUAAGUAAAACUUGCACCAAAAACCAGCUUUGUACAGUUGUAGUGGAUGCAUGAGGUUUGAUCAAAUGCAUUUUUAAUGGUGUGGGUGAGAUGGGGGGGGUGUUCUGUAAUGACUCACUGCUCUGGUUAUUGUAUGCUAAAAUACUGCUUUAUCGUUCUUAUAUCAUAUUCCAUUGAAGUGUCUAAUUUAUAUUUAUUUACCUGCUGAAGUGCCAGAGAGUGUUACAAAGUAAUUUGACCAAAGCUCUUCCAGAUGGUGCCCUAAAGAUUUAUUCUGUGCUGUGUUUGUCAUCCCAAUCUCGUGGUUCCUCAGAUGUUUGGCCAAAAUGACCUCCUCUUUAGUUGAUGCCAAGAACGUACAGAAAUCAGGCAGCAGGAAGCACUUGAAUGGAGCACAAAUCACCACCCGUGGUGAUUAAUAACAACUACUGGGGUCACUGACACAGUUGAUCUGAACUUUACUGUUUCAGGAGUAAUUUCUGGCUUCACCUUCAGAUAUGUCCUACAUGCAAAUCCUUCAUUAGCACUGCCACUAGGCCUUGAUACUCACAGGCACCCAGGCUUAAGGUAGCAACUUUUGGCACAAGCAAGGGCUCAGAUAUGCUCACUGAUAUAUAUUUUCUUUUGCCUUCAGUAGUGCCCCCCCCCAUGUCAUAUCUUUGAGUUUCAAACUGAGCAUCAAAAACAGCUUGUGGGGAGAUUUUGCAGAGAGGAGGAGGGAAUGUUUGCUAUUUGAGAAUAAUUAAUCCAAACAUGCCAAGUUGUGCAGUUCUCUGGAUUAUAUCCAUAGUUUCUAAGGAACAUUUUGGCUGAAAUUCUGCAUAAACAAGUCUUGAAACCCAGCAACAUCAAUAGGAUUUAAGCAACCUAACUGUUAUGCUUUAGAUGGAACACCAAACUGUGGUUUUGUGUUAUGCAUACAACAAACUUUGGUAUCAUACCUUCUCCAUAUUGACCUUGAGUGCUGCAGUUUCUUUAUUUAUUUUUGGAUUCGAGGCAUGGUUUGCAUUACAUUUGAACCCAACAAGCUAUGCCUUCCUCAAGCCAUAGUUUGUCUGUACUCUAGAACCACAAACUGUGGUUGGUGAUCCUGGCUUGCAAGCAGUCUUAAGCUUUGACCAAACCAUAGUCUGCCCGAUUCAGAUGAAAAAGCAAGCUAUGCUUUGCUGAGAAUCCAGAAAUAAGAAAAUUGCUGUUAAUGAGGAGGAGGAGAAAAAGAAGCAUGCAAACCCCCAGGCUCAAACCUGCUCAUGCAAAAAAGAAAUAAAAAAAAAGAAAAACAGAAAAACUAUGGUUUGGCAUUAUGUCUGAACCAAGUCUACAUUCAGGGUUGCCAUUGUACCUAUAUCCUCAAUCAAGAUUCUUCUACAGUUGUUCAGAAACUACAGUUGGGGAAUGCCAGCAAAUUGAGGUAUAAAAUAUCGUCAACAAGCAAUUUUUCCUUCACUUAAAAGCAUUCUGUAAUUCAGAAGGAAUAAUUAAUUCUGACUGGUGGUUUUUCAGUUAUCUCUCCCCCACCCCCACCAUGUGAAGUGAACUUAGUAUCUCAUAGUUAAGUCGCUUUCCAGUUUAGUCAUAGCUCUUUCCCUUACCUCAUACAGUUAUAUGAAAUAAACACUUUUUUAGAGGCUUACACAUUUGAUAUACUUCCUUCUAAUUCAAGUAACAGAAGUCUAGGUGAUUUAAACCAUGGUCUUAGUAACGUGAAUCUUGCAAUGGUACUAGACAAUAGAAGCUUUUGGCAAUACAUUGUAGUCUAUGCAGUAUUUCCUGGAUCAUCUUUCCUACGUUCUGUUGAGCAUAUUUAACUGCCUUGAGGGUCUUAUGUCUUUGUACAUGUGUACUUGUCUUUUCAAGUAACAUCUGUCAAAGGUUUCACAUAUGGCCCCCAAAGAGACCUGUCUGUUUUCAGUUUUGCAAAGUGCUAAAGAAGAGCCUUAUGUACCAAAUAAUCUCCAUGAACCUUAACACAUGUUUAUACGGGAAUGGCUUGUUGCCAAAUCAGGCCCUGGGUUAGUUUUCGUGCCUGAACCAAACUUCCAUCCGUUUGUCACAUCCAUGUAUGUGGAGGUGAUAACUCAGAGUGUGGUCUUCAGGCACAUACUGCAGUUCUACUGCUAAAGCUAACUGGGUAUAGCCCCCCAAAAUUCCUGGAUGAGACUACCUAGGGGAUCACAAGCUACUCUGAGCUUUUAGGAGUAAGUGUAAGGUUGUCCUGGGUCCUGUAUUGGAAAUACCUUUUGAGUUAUAACUCCUUACAAAUAUUGCUUUGCCAACACACAGUAUUUUGCCCUGUCCCACAAAAUGCAUGAUGCACAGAAACCUGAUUAUUGCAUAAAAGAAUGAACAUGUUUUGGUGAGGCAUUUGAAUUUGAGCUCCUUAAGGUCUGCAGAAUUUCAUCUAAUAAGGGAUAUUAUCUGGAGAUAGCUUAGCCAUAUAUUAGCUUUGGACGCAUAAUUUUUUAAAAAAUUGUCAUGUAAACAUAACUGGUAAGUAUAUGUGCCAUAUAAUUUGUUACAUUGUGAAAGCUUGGUGGUGUGUGAUGUACAAAUAUUUCAGUUAAUUCAUAUUUGGAUUAACUGGUUGUGUUUUUUUGGAACUAACAAUAUAUGUUUCAAUCACUCAGCUAAAGAAGCUGCUGCGUUUGGGUCUCUUCCAGCACAAAGGAAACUUCCAGUACAAAGAGCAGAGCUGGAAGGUGGGCAGAUUUAAAAAGGAUUACUUUUGUUUUCAUCUAGUGGUGGUGUCUUUUCAUGGGAUCCUUCAUUGGGUGAACUUUAGGACAUUAAAAAUGAUAAUAAACAGCCUUUUUUGACAGACAGAAUCCAACACUGCAAUCCUAACUAUGUCUACUCAGAAGUAAGUACUAUUGAAUUCAGUUGGGCUCACUCUCGGGUAAGUGGCUUCAGAAUUGCAGCCUUAGAUUAGUUAAGUACUUGUAAGAUCUUCUAUGGGUCUGUUUAUAAAACUUCAUAUUUUCACAGGCCUGCAUUCAAGCCUGUCCCCCCAUCAGUCAAACUCAUCUGUUACCUCCCAUAAAUCUUCCUGUGCUUCUAUCUGGACAGCCUUCCACUUGUGUGUGUGGUUCCAAUUUCUCAUGUGUACCAUAUCCCAUUUAACUUAAUUGAUUCUGACUGUGCUGGUUUCAGCCUGACUGCAGUUUAUCAAGAAAUAUUACUGAAAUGUGAGAUGAGGUACACUGAUACACCAAGAUGCUUAUCCAGAGCUUAUCUAGGCAGCAUCACCUUCUACUGGGUUCCACUUCACCUGGAAAUAGGGCAAAAAGAUACAAUAAGAGAUUGGUACAACUAGCACUCUUUGCUGAUCCUAGUUUACAGUUCAGAGUAGUAGCGAUGAGCUAGACAACUGCAUCAUGUCUGCAUUAUUUGCAAAUAUUGAAACACAUACUGCUAGCAAUGUGUGAACAAGUCAGACAGUUCUAUGUCUGAAAGCAAUAUAUUCAGUGCAAUAUAUUAUCCUGGCUAAGUGGGAAUCAUUUGUCCAUGAACAGCUCCAAUGCAGCUGAGUGAAUAAAUAUAUAUAGCUUAUCUUAGGGGAGAAGGAUUGAAAGGGAAGAGAGUUUUGCUUUGCUUUACAGCAUUUUUAAAAUGCUUCAUCCACUAUGUGUAAUACAACACCUUGUAUUUCCUUUCCCUGAAUACCUCAUCUCUAUUUCUGGACCUCACCUAAGUGGACUGCAGCUUUGGGCAAGGGUCUUGUGCCUGGCAGCAAGAUAUAAAUGAUGACUUUGACUGGAAUCCUGCAGAUCAUGAUAAUGGUAAUACGCAAUGCCUCCUCCAUCCCUUGGCCUCGCUUGGCUUCCUCUGUGUGUCCCCUCCUAGUUAAGAGGUGGAGUUUGAUCACUAGAGAAAACCCAGGAAAUGUGCUUAUAUAUCAGAUCAUUGGUCAGUUCAGAAAAUAGACCAUGGUGUAUUGGACCAAGAUCAAGAGUUUUCCUCGCAUGCUCAAAUGCAACGUUUCCCCCAGGGGUUUUAUGACCAAACCAGGAAACUGUGGUUUAAUCUCUGGCUAUAAACCAUGGUUUGAUCCUGGUUAGAUAUCUUGUAGAUGGACAUUAAACAACAGUUUAACAGAGAGCCAGUGUGGUGUAGUGGUUAAGAGCGAUAGAUUUGUAAUCUGGGGAACAGGGUUCGCGUCGCCGCUCCUCCACAUGCAGCUGCUGGGUGACCUUGGGCUAGUCACACUUCUCUGAAGUCUCUCAGCCUCACUCACCUCACAGAGUGUUGUGAGGGAGGGAGGGAAAGGAGAAUGUUAGCCGCUUUGAGACUCCUUCGGGUAGUGAUAAAGUGGGAUAUCAAAUCCAAACUCUUCUUGUCGUCUUCUUCUUUCCAGAUGUAAUGAGAAAUUGGUUUAUAACAAACCCCAGAGGGUUUGUAUUACAGAUGGGGAGAGGGAAGGAGAGAGUACAUGAACAUAUUUGUUAUCAGUGCAACAGAUCAUGAAUUUCUAGACCCAGAAAGUCACUAGUGAUCCAGACCAAUGUAUGUCUUUGGUUUCAUCUGCUGCCUGAUCAUUUUUAUCUGGAGAUGUCAGGAUUUCAACCUGAGACCUUCUGCAUGCAAAGCAUAAGCAAUAUCACUGAACUAUAGUCCUCCCCCCGUGGUAAAUAACCAAAAUAUUUAAGAUAAAACAAAAGUAACAUUCCAUUUCUCACUUUCUAAACCCCAAAUAUCUCUCUCUAGGUGAUGGAUAUUACAUGAUGGUGCCGGGGUUCGUGGGUCACAAGAAGGAUGUUGGUCGUUUGAAACUUCUUCUCACUGAUCUUGAGCCAAAAAGCAUAUAUUGUCUGAUUUUUAGUUACCGACUUGCAGGAGAAAGGGUAGGGAAACUACAUGUGAUCCUAGGCAGCGGCAGCAGCAGUCCUUCCUGGUCACAGAGUGUGGGAGAUGAUGAGCAGUGGAGGACUGGACAAAUGGAAGUCCACACAGGGGCUGAAACAACGAUGAAUGUAAGUUAAAGAUUACAAACCACCUGCAAUGACCAGUGUAACUAGUUGCAGUUUGCUCUGACUGCUGGCAAGUUUUAAUUAUGGCUAUAUGGUACCUCUGGUUAAGAACGUAAGAAGUGCCUUGGAUCAGACCAAAGCCCAGUAUACCUGAAGGAGCGUCUCCACCCCCAUCAUUCAGCCCGGACACUGAGGUCCACUUCCGAGGGUCUUCUGGUAGUUCCCUCACUGCAAGAAGUGAAGUUACAGGGAACCAGGUAGAGAACCUUUUCAGUGGCAACCUCCCUGUGGAAUGUCCUCCCAUCAGAUGUCAAGGAGAUAAAGAACUACACUUUUAGAAGACAUCUGAAGGCAGCCCUGUAUUGGGAAGUUUUUUAUGUUUGACAUUUGAUCACGUUUUUAUAUUUUGCGAGGGAAACCCAACCAGAUUGGGCGGGGUAUAAAUAAUGAAAUGUCCGCUAUUUACCCCAAGCAACUAGUACUCAGUGGCAUAUUGUUAUUGUUGUUGUUGUUGUUGUUAGUUCAGCAUCUUUUUCUCACAAUGGCAAACCAGAUGCCUGUGGGAAGCUCAUAAGCAGCACAUGAUCGAAACACCACUCUUCCCCACAUAUUCUCCCCAGCAACUGGCAUUCAGAGACAGGCCACCUCUGAUCAUAGCUGUCAACUUUUCCCUUUUUUUAUUCCUAUUCGGAAUAAGGGAAUUUCCCUUAAUAAAAGGGAAACGUUGACAGCUAUGCCUCUAAUGCUGGAGGGUAGUACGCAGCCAUCAUGGCUAAGUAGUCACUGAUAGCAUUGUUCUCUAUGAUUUGUCUAAGACCCAUCCAUGUUGGUGAUGUAAUGAAUUCCACUGUUUUAACUAUGCAGUGUGUGAAGCGGUACUUCAUUUAGCCUGCCCUAAAAUAUUCCAACAUUCAGCUUCACUGGAUGAAGCUGGGUUCUAGUAUUAAAGGACGCAGAAAGGUCCAGAGACAAUAUGCCACUGAGUACUAGUUGCUUGGGGGAAAUAGUGGAAGAGUCCUGUUGCCCUUCAAGACCUCCUUGUGGGUUUCUUGGAGACAUCUAGUUUGCUGCUGUGGGAAGAACAAUGCUGGACUAAAUGGAUCUGUUGGUCUGAUCCAGCAAAAGGUGGUUCCUACAUUCUUAUUCUAUGGACCUGAUUGUAGCAUGAUGGUCUCAAGGCUGGGACUGGAGUAUUAGCAUCAGAGGCCAUUGGAAGGUGAGGAGGCUGGAAACAUUUGUUGGGCCUGUUACCUUAUUUCUCUUGCCCAUAUCUCCACCAACGACUGGGCCGAUUAAAUACAUUUGGACAAAGGAGAGAGAGUAUGGCAUGCUGUGCAAAGAUGGAAUAACAAAAUGGCAGAACUGGGCUUUGUGAAAUGGUAUGGGAAUGUUAAGAGGGGCAGUCGUGGUUUUGGUUUUUAGUUUUAGCUUUUAAAAUAGGGAGAGGCAUUAAAGUGACAAAUACCUUCCACUAAUUUUUAGCUCAACAAAAGGGGUUUCGGUAUAAAGAAAUAUAAACCAAAAACAUACCAAGCAAAAAAUUCCUUGACAAUGCCGUUAAAGAGUUAAGGUUGAAUCAAUGAUCAUGCAUAAGAACAGAAGACAAAUUUGCAUUGCAGCAUACUACAGGACAUGAGCAGAAUUUGAAUACAGUGGUGCCCCGCAAGACGAAUGCCUCGCAAGACGGAAAACCCGCUAGACGAAAGGGUUUUCCGUUUUUCAAUGCGCUUCGCAGGACGAAUUUCCCUAUGGGCUUGCUUCGCAAGAUGAAAAUGUCUUGCGAGUCUUGAGAUUUUUUUUCGCUUUCCCCCUUUUUCUAAGCCGCUAAGCCUUUAAUAGCCUUUUAGCAGCUAAGCCGCUAAGCCUUUAAUAGCCGCUAAACCGCUAAUAGCGCUAAUCCGCUAAGCCGCUAAUAGGGUUGCUUCGCAAGACGAAAAAACCGCUAGACGAAGAUACUCGCGGAACGGAUUAAUUUCGUCUUGUGAGGCACCACUGUACGGUAUUUAUUUGUGUUGGGUUUGUAAAACUGAAUUUUAGAUCUUUAGAUCUUAUUUUGAAAAUCUUCUUAAUCCAUAGAGAAGCAUAAGAUGUCUCAGUAUUUCAGUGAAUUUUUUGAUAUGCUGGUAAUAAUAAAAAUGUGCAUGUAGCACAGUUUGGUUUUCUAACUUAUGAGCAUCUAGUACCUCUUGAUAAUUUGCACCUUCUGUUAAUAAUGUUUUCCUCACUCAUUUUUUUAGAUCACUUUUGAGGCAGAACGUGGAAAAGGUAAAACUGGAGAAAUUGGAGUGGACAAUGUUACACUGUUUUCUGGUCUGUGUCCUGAAGACCAUUUGACAUUGGAUAUCUGAGCUUACUAUUUUAAAUACUAUUAUAUUAUUUGUUGUACUGGUCCAGAAUUUUGUAUCGUUGUGAGCUAGAUAAAGUGCAAAUCUGGAAACCAAACUUCAAUGCAGACAGAUAAACCGACAGGUAAAAAAAUGUCUCCAGUUAGAUACUACAUUUGUAUAUAAAAUAUACUAAACUUUGGUUUAUGUGUAGCUCUACUGUAUUAUAUCAUUUGUGGUCAGGGUCUUAUAUAAUGUGAAAAUAUUUUGCCUAGAUUUCCUGCAAAAAAAAAAAGAAGAAGUGUUUUACAUAUAAUUUUUUUGAAAGAAAAUGCCUAUUGUCGUAUAUUCCCCAAGUUCUCCUGCAGGAAUGUGAAACAGGAUCUUCAAAAGGAUAUGUCAUUUCUUGUAACACUUAGGACUCCUACAGUUUGCUACAGCUCUGUGGGUACCCUGGUGUAUGCCCGGUGGUUGCUGCAGUAAAUAAGUAAAGCAUUAAAGAGAGAUACAUGUCUCCAAAGACACAUGGAUGUGUUGGCCAGACAGUUACCUGAUGAGUAUCUGCCCACCACACUUUAAAUGUUAACUGACGCAAACACCAAUAAUAUUUGUCUGGACUCUGGAAUCAUUUUUCUUCCUAAAUAUUGCAACUGUUUGAAUUUAUUUUUUUCCUAAAAUAAAAAGUCAGCUUCUCUACUUUCCUUGUAAAUCCAACUACAGCUAUUUUAAAAGAUGCUUUUUUUGAAAAAAUGCCAGUGGAUUUGGCGAGGCAAGUGUUUUUAUAAAUAAAUGAAACUAUACCAUACU